GGAAGGGAGGGGAAGGGAAGGGCAGCCGGGCUGGCCGGGCGGGGAGCGGAGCCAUGGACAAGCUGAAGCGGGUGCUGAGCGGCCGCGACGCGGAGGAGCCGAGCGGCCUGGCCGAGGUUAUUGAUUCAACUUCUUUAGGCUGGGGCACCCGAGUGAAAGGCUUCGUUGCGUGUUUUGCUAUAGGAUGCCUGUGCUCGGUCUUGGGUAGUUGUCUGCUAUGGAUACCAAAGAAAGGGCUGAUUCUCUUUGCAGUGUUUUAUACUCUGGGGAAUAUUGCGUCUAUUGGGAGCACUCUUUUUCUUAUGGGACCAAUGAAACAAUUAAAAAGGAUGUUUGAGCCUACACGUUUGAUUGCUACUACUGUUAUGCUAUUGUGCCUCGUACUAACACUAUGUUCUGCUUUCUGGUGGCGCAAGGCAGGACUCGCGCUUCUUUUCUGCAUCUUACAGUUCUUUGCCAUGGCAUGGUACAGCAUUUCCUUCAUACCAUAUGCAAGGGAUGCUGUGAAGAAAUGUGUUUCGGUCUGUCUGUCCUAACAGGAAUACCAGACGCUUCACGAAGUUCUAGGAAGUGCUAGGUAGAACUAUGUUAAGAUCACCAUGUUGUGUAGUUUCCUACUUCUUAAGCACAUGCCUUUCAGCUUGUUGUUAGAAGCUCCUUGUGCUACAUCCAGUGUAUGCAAUUGCUUGAGUUUGUAAGCAAUGGUGUCUUGAUCACAGGGUGCUUGUGAUCAAUUGAAAUUCAGUCUGGCAGAAGAACUGAGCAGAAAUCCAAAAUUUGCUAUGGUAAUUCUUAAGUAAAGUCAUGUAUUUCGUUUUGCAAAUAUUUCAAAGUAAUACAUGAAGUCUGUAAAAUGAAGACCUUGGCUCUGUUGGGACUAUGGCAGUCUAGAUGAUUUAUUUUUCAAGAAAAAGAAAUCAUUUGCAAAUUGAUUUCUUACUGACAACUUGUUUUUUUUUUUAAAUAGCCUUACGUUGCUUAAUCUUUGUGCUGUUUGCCUUGGAUAAUGGAAUAUUGGUAUUCUUUCUUUUCCUGUCUCCCUGGCAAAAUGUUAGGUUUAUGAGACUUCUAAAAGAUUUAAUUAUAAAGUCAGAGACUGUUUGGGACUAACCAUGAAAUGUUUGCAUCUUUAAUGAAGUAUUUAAUUUUCAGUCUAUAUUGAUGGUGUUUCCUUAAAAUAUGUGAAAGGGAUAUUCUCAUCUGUAAAAACUUGUUCCUGUAGGAAACGCCCUUGUAAAAUAAGGUUAAUUGAUUUUUUCAGCUGCCAGGAACCUGAGUUCUUUGCCUUGCUUACAGCUAAAUGUAAGCAGUCUGUACAGUACAGUAUGUACAGUAUGAACAAAGUAGGAAGCUGAAAUUUUUCACACAAAGCUGAAGGUGCUUCUCUUCUCCCUCAGCUGUAGCAUAGAAGCAGUGCAAAGCUGAGGGCAUGGUAGGCAGGCAAAGAGAGAUUUUAUUUAUGUCCUUCCUCAAAGGACAAACUGUGAUAAGGUGGAUGUGGGCUGUUGGUUAAGCAACUUGGGCAAGGGAGAAUGCAUUUUCUUCUGAAAUGUAAAUAGAUUAAAACUCCAACAUUCCUUUUUUUGUGACUGGGAUCAGUUUCUUCUAAAACUCUGGCACACACUAGUGGACUUCCUCUGCUUUGAGGAGAAAGUACGAUUUUCUACUGCCUGUCUUAGCAAAGAAAGUGUGUAACAAUCUAGCUGCUAGCUCCUAACAAAUGCUGAGCAGUCAGUAUCCAAAUUCCAAGGCCACUCUCUUUAUCUUCUGAGCUACAUAUAAUCAUUUACUCCCAAACCAUUGCAGUGGUCAGUUGUUUAAUAUCUGAGCACAAAUUCCUGCUUCUCCUCUCUGAGGUACUGUUUAACUGCUUUCACCUUUCCUCUGACCAAACUGUCUUCCUGGAGUCAGUGUGUAAGAUUAUGAUUAUCCAGUGGAUAAUCCAAAAUCUUAAAUUAAUUUUCCUUCUGAUAAUCUAUAAAGCACAGUAUCAUCCAGCUGUUAGGAUUCUCUAAAAAAAAUAAAGGAUUCCCUUUUGCAGAUAGUAUGAAAGGGAAAUUUUAGCAACCUUUCUGUGAAUUCCAGCUGGCCAGAAUUACUGUUACAAAGAGAUUUGAAUGGAAAAUGCCACCUUGAAAACAUGGCACUGAUGUUGGGAUAAAUUAGUUAUACAGGUUCAAGUGCUAUAUCCUAGUGCUUUUCUUCUCCUCCAGGACUUGGAAGUUAGUGUUGAAAUAACUAGGUUGACUAUUACUCUUCUUGAAAAGUAGAACUGGUUAAUUGCACAAGGGAGACUGGGAAUUAAAGAAAACUGAUACUUCUUUUCCCUGACUAAUCUCAGACAAGUAUCUAAACUGAUGUGUUUUGUCACAGAGUAAGUUCAAAACCUAUUUACAUCUGUCAAAGGACAUGUGUUAGUCUUUUCAUAGAACUUUGAUAAUGUUUACAGAAUUCCUUUGUAUAGGGGAAAUUGAAAUGCAACCCUAAUGCCUUUUACAUUCCAAUAUUUCUUUAAUUUUUGGGUGUUCCUGAAAAAAGCUACUAGAACAUUGUUUCUGCUUCCCCUUUCCAGGAAAGUUAUGUUAAUUGGGGUCAUCAGUCCAGGUUCAUCAGCAGCCAAGAUAAUGGAACUUGACUUCUGGGGUUCUUUUUUUUGAUUUCUUCACAUUAGAAGGAGUAAAAGCCUUUCUCUUAUUCCUUGGCUAGCUUGGGUAGGAUUGUGGUAGCUUGACUCUCUAGCAAUUCCUCCAGAAGAACAGUAGAAUUGGGUAUGCUGAAUGUUAUUUUUUCAACUUGCAUAUUGGCUAAGUGGAACCUUUGAGCUGGCUGUUGUGAAUACAGCUAUUUAGAAGUAGGAAAUUUAUGGAACUACCAAUAGAUAGCAGGUAAACUUAAAUUAAUUUUUUCUUCCUUUCUCUCCCCCGUCCUAUCAUUUUUAAAACUGUAAUUCCAGUUCCACAGCCUUUAUUGAAUAAGAGAGAAGAACAAAUCUUUAUUUGACUUCAUAGCACAUGAGACUAAGCAAUUGUGCCCUUAAAGGAAGUGAGGCCAAGGAAAGAUGGCAAAGACACAAGGAUCACCAUAGUGCCACUAGGGUUUUUGUUGCCCUUUGGUGUUGUGCUCUGUUCCUGUGAAGGUCAGAUGGUAGCACAGAUUUGCUGUAUUCUUGCCAAUAUGUGAAACAUACUCAGGGUUUGUUGCUUCAUCUACAGGCAGUUUUGAUUUAAAAUAGCUCUAUCAGAACAAAACUCUUUAGAUUCUUAUUCCCUUGUAAGUGGUUGUGUUCAGGCUGUUGCCAAGUUUAACAGCAAAAGAAAUUUCCACUUUAUUAAAGUACUUUAUUUUAUAUGAUUUUUACAUAACCAGGGAGUAAACUAGUAUAUGAAUGUUCCCUCUUGACUAGUUUUCAAUCUGACUUAGAUAAUACCAUUAAACCUUUUUUUUUUUUUUUUUGGUCAUUAAAACUACUUUGUGUUAAGUUUUAAUAUCAUCAGCUUUGGUUAUCUGCUUGGCAGGAAGCGUGGUGGGCAUUUCUGAAGCUUUCUAUCUUAAUGUUGUUCAGUGCAGGAAUGUUUGUUGUCAGCAGUCUAUUGCAAAUAGAGAUGUUUGUGGUUUAAAUCACAAAGCUCCUUCCUUCCCAAAGUCCUUGCUCAGUUGCCUACAGCACUUAACUCAAGGCUGACUUCUCUAAAGAAACUUGUAUGACAUUGGGUGCCUAUCCCAGUAGGAUUUGGUGUUCUACCAGAACGUGCUUUUUGCCUAGCCUCAGUGUUGAUCAACUUGUCCACAUUUUUAUUUGCAGUACAGGUAUCAUAACCUGAACCAAACAGCCUUAGCAUACAGUUCUAGCAAGAAAUAUGUUUAUCUGGGAUCAGCUGACUUUCCAGCUGUAGUAGAAGUGGAAAUGGGAAGGGUGGUAGUCAUCUGAGACUCUAUACAUCGAAAUGUGGGAUUUUUUUUCACUACUUCGAAGUUUUGCUCUGCUUUAUGUGAUGAAGUCCACUGUGAAUGCUGGUACUAUCUGAGAUGAUUCUACACUGAUGAUGUGAACAAUUUCAUCUCAUUUAGUAUUUACAGUAAUGAGAUUGUUCAUGAGCUGUUACAAAAAAACAAGAAAUAUUUUCUCCACCAAGUUGAAAGUCUUUUCAGAAAUCACAUUUUAAAAAAGAAAGUGUUUUAGGCUCUGUAGGUGAAUAUACAAAUUGGGGGGAGGCUGGAGACUACUACAGGAUGGCUUCCAGCUAGGAACAGGAUGAUGGGCUUGAAUCUGUCAUAACUUGUGGGUGGAUGCAGCUGGUGUGCAAUGCCUUUGGAGGCUCAUGGCACUGUCCCUUAUGAGUGGUCAGAAAUACAUGUUCUGAGAACUGCCUGUGGAGCAGUGUGGGUGCUUGAAGCUCGUCCUCUCUUGCUGUGUGCUCAGAGAUUGAAAGAACCUCCGAAUUUCUGAGAACGGCUCUUAACUUAAUUUUGGUACUUAAUCAUGUUCAUGAAAGUAAGAUCACUGUGCUAUUGUAGACUCUCAAUACCGAGGAGGAUGUUUAAACACGUUUGUCUUAAUACUGAUAUUUACAACCACAGCAAAUGCUGGCCAGAAAUGGUGUAUUUUCUUAAAACCAUGUGCCUCGCUCUAAUGUGACCACUAAUUUUUUCUAACAGCUGUGGAAUUGUUUUGUAAAAUAAAAAUCAAAUUCAGAAAUUCUCCACAAUGUUUUAUACUGUUACUGAUUCUGUUUUCUGCUGUGCUUUUUCUAUGUAUUUACACUGUUUUAUUUCUACUUUGAUAAAUACUUUUUUCCCUAAUGUACAACUUUCUCUGUAAUGAAGUGAAAUCUUUUCAAGUGCUGUUUUUCCCCUUCAAUAAAGUUUUCAUUGCAUUAAA